AUGGGAGUAUUGUAUUUGGCGAAGAAAUACAUGGUGCCUUCACUGGCCGAUAAAUGUUCGGAAUAUCUGCAGGAUAACUUAGAUCCAUCGAAUGUCUUCGGUAUCCUGCCACAAGCACAGAAAUAUGAAGAGAAAAGCCUGGUCGAUCAAUGCUGGAAAGUGAUCGAUGAACAGACAGAAGAGGCUGUGAAAUCUGAUGGGUUUGUGACAAUUGAAAGAGACUUACUUGAAUCAGUGGUCGAGCGUGACACUUUGACUAUUCAAGAGAUAGAGUUGUUCAAAGCAGUGAAUUUGUGGGCGACAAAGAGAUGUGAACAACAAGGCUUAGCAACAGAUGGAAGUGAAAAAAGAAAAAUUCUCGGAGAACGGAUUGUAAAAGGAAUACGUUUUCCGAUUAUGAAGCAACAUGAAUUUGCCGAUGUUGUUCUUGACUGUAAGAUACUGACACCUGACGAAGCUUUCAGAGUUUUUAAGUUUUUUAAUUCAGUUUUAAUAAGUCCAGUGGGAUUUCCUGAGGAGGACAGGACUGGUUUACGGGAACUGUUUCAGCGUUGUUGCAGAUUUCGGUCGGUUAAAUACGGUGACUUAGGUUAUCCUUAUUUACCAGCUAAAAAAGACUGUCUUUUUCUUAAAGUUAGUAAAGACGUUCGCCUCCAUGGCUUAACCCUAUGCGGUAGCAAAAAUAAUAAAUAUUCUGUUACUCUGCGCAUCAAUGAUUAUAGCAAAAAUGAAUAUGUCGUUUCCAAAACAGGAACUUUUUCUUCGGAGCUCAUCAAGGCAGAACGAGUUUCCUAUUACGGCGUUUACAUUUUCUUAGAACCUGCUGUUAUCAUUAGGAAAAGUUGUUUCUACCGUUUCGAAGCUUCCAUCUCCGGUGCUAAUUCUUGUUUUGUUCAAGAUGGUAGAGAGUCUGUGUCGUGCUCAGGAGUCACCUUUAGGUUUGAGAACAGUUCUGAGAGUACCAAUGGGACUAAAGUUGGACUAGGGCAAUUUCCAGAGUUUCUUUUUACUUUAACAUAA